AUGCAUAAUAUUUCAGAAGUCACUGAAUUUAUCCUUGUGGGAUUAACAGAUACCCCAGGGCUACAGGUCCCUUUAUUUAUCAUCUUCACUUUUAUUUAUUUGACCACAUUGUUUGGUAACCUUGGAAUGAUUGGGUUGAUUCUCCUGGACUCUCACCUCCACACUCCCAUGUACUUUUUUCUCAGUAACCUCUCACUGGUGGAUUGUGUUUAUGCCUCAGCUGUCACUCCCAAGGUAAUAGAAGGGUUUCUCACAGAAAGGAAGAUCAUAUCCUACAAUGCAUGUGCUACACAGAUGUUCUUCUUAAUAGGAUUUGCAAUUAUUGAAGGUUUUCUCUUAGCAUCAAUGGCCUAUGACCGUCAUGCAGCAGUGUGCAAACCCUUACACUACUCUACCACCAUGACAACAACAAUAUGUACCCUGCUUAUUGUGGGUUCUUACAUCAAUGGACUCUUACAAUCUUCUAUCCAUGUUGCCUUCACUUUCCAGCUCUCCUUCUGCCAUUCCAAUGUAGUGAAUCACUUUUUUUGUGACAUUCCCCCACUACUGGCUCUUUCUUGCUCUAGUGUCUAUACAAAUGAAAUCGUACUGUUUAUCUUGGCAGCACUCAAUGUUGCUUUAACUAUAUUGAUUAUCUUGAUCUCUUAUGUACUUAUUUUUGUUGCAAUCUUGAGUAUGCGUUCUGCUGAUGGACAAAAGAAGGCCAUUUCCACCUGUGCAUCCCACCUCACCACUGUUUUAGUCUUCUAUGGCACAAUUAUCUUCAUGUACUUACAGCCCAGCUCCGCUCACUCCAUGGACACUGACAAGGUAGCAUCUGUAUUCUAUACCAUGAUCAUUCCCAUGCUGAACCCUCUUGUCUAUAGCCUGAGGAACAAAGAAGUCAAGAAUGCAUUUAAAAAGGUUACUAGAAAAGUGUUGUUUUCACUGGGAUUAGUCUAA